CUCUCUCUCUCUCUCUCUCUCAUCCCAUCGUUCGAUUUCAGAUCUAGAAAGUACGCAGCAUAUUUUGCUCCCAAAGGCCUCAAGCCCUAAAGGUCCAUUAGGGUUUCCCGAAAAGCUUAGAGCCUGGCCGGCUGAGUUCUCAUCUCAAGCCUCAUCAAGCCCACCCACUUCGUCUUCUACCUCUUCCCAACCAACACCCGCCACUGCAACCCAACCAAAAUUCAAACUUUUUUCCUUUCCCCGCAGAAGCUUCACUGCCUUUUGCGCCAAUUCCCCGGACUCACCGCCAUCGAUUUGAAAGUCCCGCUCCCCCCACCCUCCCCCGGUUUCAUCAUCCCUUUUUCAAUUUUAUGCCAGGGCCACUCACGGUACCAUUACGAACAAAUGGACACACCUGCUCCCAUGGACAUGGAAACUGCAAUAGUCCCUGCUACUCCCACCUCCCCAAUUGAGAGUGAAGAUCCGGCCAGCCCAGAAUCUCAGCCCAACAAGCGCAGAAGAAAGAAGUCCAUCGUGUGGGAGCACUUCACUGUUGAGGUUGUGGGCCCAGGUCACACACGGGCCUGCUGCAAACAGUGCAAGAAGUCCUUUGCUUACAUUACCGGCUCAAAAUUGGCCGGCACAAGCCACCUAAAGCGGCACAUUGCUUUGGGAAUCUGCCCCAUGAGCCGUGACAAGGGUGGUCAACUUUCCCCUUAUACCCCGGCCUCCAAGCCCAGUGGUGAUGGGGGCAAUUCAGGUGGGACAGAUCCACCAAAAAGACGCUACAGGACAACUCCUGCAUUCACUGCAAUGCCUCUUGAUCAAGAGCGGUGCAACCACGAGGUCAUCAAGAUGAUCAUUCUCCAUGAGUACCCUCUCCACAUCGUUGAGCACCCGGGAUUCAUCGACUUUGUGCGUACACUUCAUCCCCAUUAUAAUAUGGUGAGCUUCAACACAGUUCAGGGUGAUUGCGUGGACUUAUACCUUAAGGAAAAGCAGAAGCUUCUGGGUGUUAUAAGUAGCAUUCCAGGUCAUGUGAAUCUGACCAUUGAUCUCUGGACCUCGAACCAAACCCUAGGCUACGUCUUCCUCACAGGUCACUUUAUUGACAAUGACUGGAAUUUGCAUCGGCGCCUUCUUAAUGUUGUUAUGGUACCGUCACCUGAUUCAGAACAUGCCUUUAACCAAGCUGUCGUCGCAUGCCUAUCUGAUUGGAGCUUGGAUACCAGACUGUUUACUCUCACUCUCGAUCAGUCUGUCUCCAGCGAAAAUGUUCUCGGGAACCUCAGAGGCUUACUUUCUGUGAAGAACCCGCUUGUGUUGAACGGUCAAUUAGUUGUCGGGAGCUGCUUUGCCCGUGUUCUGAGUCGUCUCGCACAGGAUGCUCUGGGGUCGAUGGAGGGGACUGUCACGAGAAUUCGCAGCAGUGUAAAGUUUGUGAAAACUUCGGAAGAUCACGAUGAGAAGUUUGCGGAGCUGAAGCAGCAUCUUCUAACCCAAAGCACAAAGGAACUCUCCAUUGAUGACCAAACUAAAUGGAAUACAACUUAUAAUAUGCUGGUUGCUGCCUGUGAGCAUGAGGAGGUCUUUCGCUACUUUGAUGCCGCUAACCCAGGCGUUAGGUUGUCCCUUUCGGAGGAUGAAUGGAAGCAGGUAGAGACAUUGUGCUCUUACGUGAAGAUCUUCUUUGAUGCUGCAAGCCUUUUAGCUGGGAGACCAUACCCUACAGCAAAUAUUUUCUUCCAUGAAGUUUCUAAGAUUCAGUUGGAGCUGACACAUGCUGCUUCGAGUCCGGACCCAUUUGUGAGCAACCUAGUUAAACCUCUGCAAGAGAAGUUUGAUAAGUACUGGAAGGAUUCCUGCCUUGUCUUAGCCAUUGCAGUGGUGAUGGAUCCAAGAUUUAAGAUGAAGCUCGUUGAGUUCAGCUACUCAAGAAUCUAUGGGGACGAUGCCGAGAAUUGGACCAGGAUCGUUGAUGAUGGGAUCCACGAGCUCUACCUUGACUACCUCGAGCCGAUGCUUCCUCUUCCAGCAGCUCCAGUUGAAAAUGGAGAGGAGAACCUAAAAACAGAGGCACCAGGAGGAGGAUUGCCUCAAGGAGGAGGGGCCACCUCACAGGAAGAUCUUCAGCUGCAUCAUGAUGGUACUCUUAUCUCCUUUGGGGAUGGGCUUUCAGACUUUGAUGUGUACAUAUCGGAGAUCUCGAGCAGUCAGGAAACGAAAUCGGAGCUCGACCAGUACUUGGAGGAGUCCCUCUUGCCUCGGGUGCAAGAAUUUGAUGUCCUGGGCUGGUGGAAACUGAACCAAAUGAAGUACCCGGUCCUCUCUAAGAUGGCAGCAGACGUCUUAUCGAUACCAAUGUGCACCGUUCCUCCCGAAUCUGUCUUCGACACCAGGAGCAGGAAGAUUGAUCGGUAUCGGAGUUCGUUACGACCGGUGACACUGGAGGCACUCAUCUGUGCGAAGGACUGGCUUCAGCAUGAAGCUUUCUCGGAUGUCCCGAAUGCAACUUUGAAGAGUGAAGUUUAGUAUGUGUCUCGUGAAUAGUAGUACUGAGUGGUAUUUCUGUUCUUUGUCAGUGCUUAGAUCGCUGUUGAUUUCUCUGGUAGAUUGGUUUGUGUUAGGUACUUUUACACUAGAGGAAACCCUAGAUUGAUUUUUCAUCUCUCUCU